CAGAACAAGGAAUGCGGUUGAUGCUGCAAGCAGGCAGACAAAAACCAGAGCUGAAAGCCUAUCGGCUCCGGUGAUGCGCGCAAGUACUCCGAUUUACUCCUUUGUAAAACCCACACAUUUAAGCUGAAAGGUAGUGAAAACAGUUUACAGGUGAGAUUUGGACAGAGUUCAUAUGUAAGGAAACUCACAGGAAGUACCACUAGCGAGUUAUCUCUCAUUAUAAGCAUAACAAAAAUGAAGAAGAUGGAUAUUUAAUUGAGGAACAGAACAAGAAAAGAUGGGCAUACACUUGUACUUUAUCUGACCAUUUUACGCACUGAGAGAAUAAUUGAAACCAACGGAUAUUUCCAACCCUGCUGGAUUUUGAUUGUAUUAACAGCAACAAAUCAAACAUCAGUGAAUUUUAUCGAAGGACUUAUUGCCACACUUUUUUGCCCGUGCUUUUGGGAUUUGGUGUCCAGUGACAGACAGUAUGUACCAGAAGGAGAGGUGACUUGCAGAAGGUUUCUGAGAAACUGGUUGAAGUCAGCUUGCAGUUUCUGGAUUUUGGAGAGCAAAUUCUUUUCUCACUUUUUUUUUUUUGUAAUAUUCUUGUCAAUACUUCUACAUAUCCUAUAAAGCCAGAGUCCAGUCUGCAGUAUGUUGAAGAUUGUUUUUCAUCUUUCUCCUACACCACUUCGAGUGGCGAUUCUGUAUUUUGUGGUUGUCUUGAUGGGGGAGUGGUGCCACUCAUCCCCUUUAGGAUCAGACUCAAACUCCUGUUCGACAUUGGUACAAAACCGUUUUUUUGGCUUAUUCCUGUCAUCAUCAGUAUUUCCCACUGUGCCUUGCUCUUGGACCCUGCAAAAUCCUGAACCACGGCACUACACCAUCUUCAUCAAAAUAACAAAACCUACCAAGGACUGCAUACCGUUACAGCUUCGAAUCUUCCAAUAUGACUCUUUCCUGGAGAACACCCAGUCCUACCGAGGGAUUGAUAGCCUUGAUGAUAUUGUGAGGUUUUGCGACACCUCUGCCUCACUUUCAUUCCUUGAGGCUGACAAGCAGUUUGUUCACAUAAGAAAGGGUCCUCAUCAGAGCGGUGCCACCACGACAAGUGACAGUGGUGAUUUCAAAGUAGAAUACCUGGUUGUUGGAAAACGUAACCCCAGCAUGGCAGCCUGUCAAAUGUUGUGCCAGUGGCUGGAGGACUGCCUGGCCUCCAGCACAUCGAGCAGGCCAUGCGGCAUUAUGCAGAUGCCAUGUUCAUGUCGGCAUUCACCACCAAAGUAUGCUGAGGGCAACAGCUGUUACUACAAUGGAGUUCACCUGGAUAACUGUUUACUCAAUGUAAGAGAAAUUGGAAAACACGCUCAAUUAAAUGGUAAAGCUCUGCAUAUUUCUCGCAGUCAAUCACUUCGUUCAGUGGAUAGCCACAAGCUUGAUGAUGUAGACAAGCCUCACAGUGGACAGCAAAACCCUCAGACAGUUGAAUCAACCUCAGGUGAAGAGUGGUCAGCAUGGAGUGUAUGUUCUGCAACAUGUGGGGAGGGCUGGCAGAGUCGUACCCGUUUCUGUGUCUCCUCCUCAUACAGUACCCAAUGUAGUGGGCCACUGCAAGAGCAGAGAACUUGCAACCCUGCUGUUUGUCCGGCUUCUCUAUUUGCAGUGGCUGGUGCUUGGGAUGAAUGGUCACCAUGGAGUUUAUGUUCGUCAACAUGUGGCAGAGGUUACAGAUCCCGAACACGAACCUGCACCCCUCCACAAUUUGGAGGAGAUCCCUGUGAGGGUCCAGAGAAACAAACUAAAUUCUGUAACAUAGCUGUCUGUCCAGUGGAUGGUGUAUGGAAUGAAUGGUCAAGUUGGAGUACCUGCUCGUCUUCUUGCUCUAAUGGGACCAUGCAACGAACAAGAGAGUGUAACGGCCCCUCAUAUGGAGGUUCUGAAUGCAGAGGAGAGUGGAUUGAGACUGUUGGCUGCUUCCUUGCAGAAUGCCCUGUGGAUGGGAAGUGGCAACCAUGGUCCUUGUGGUCAGGGUGUUCGAAGACAUGUGGUGGGGGUAGCCAACAGAGAAACAGACUUUGUUAUGGGCCAUUUUUUGGUGGGGAUUCUUGCCCUGGAGAGCGAGAAGAGGUCCGACUCUGUCAUGAAAAGAGAUGCCCGGAACCCCAUGAAAUAUGCAUCGAGGACAAUUAUUCCAAUGUUGUUUGGAAGAUGACUCCUGCUGGAGAUACAGCAGCAGUACGUUGUCCUCCAAAUGCAAUGGGUUUGAUUUUGCGUCGCUGUAUCCUAGACGAGGAGGGUAUUGCAUACUGGGAGAAUCCAACAUAUAUGAGGUGCAUUUCCAAUGAUUAUCGCAGCAUACAAACUUUGACUCGAGAUCAUUUAUCUAAAGCGCAACGAGGCCUUAUGGGUGAUGGCGUCUCUGAGGUGAUGACUAAACUGAGAGUAACUUCUAGUGAUGGCACCAGCUACAGUGGGGAUUUACAGGCCAUUUUGGAUGUGCUGAAGAACAUGACUGAAAUCUUCAGGAGGGCAUACUACAGUCCAAGCAGUGCAGACAUGAGGAACUUUGUCCAGUCAGUUAGCAAUCUGUUAAUGGAUGAAAACCGAGUACGAUGGAAAGAAGCACAACUGCUGGGCCCUAACAUCACAGUGCUAUUUCACCUGAUUGAGGAAUUUGUGGAUGUCAUUGGUCAUAGAAUGAAAGACUUUCAGGACAUGUAUGAAGUGACUGAUAAUAUAGUUUUAAGCAUUCACAAGCGUCCAUUGCUGAGUAAUGCAGAUAUCACCUUCCCAAUGAAGGGCUGGAGGGGCAUGGUUGAUUGGGCCCGCCACUCAGAGGACAGAGUCAUCAUUCCAAAACGAAUCCUACUAACAGGCAAGCCAGAUUCAGGUGACUCCUCGACAUUUGUAACAGGUAUCAUUCUGUACAGAAACUUGGGAAGUGUUCUGAAAUUACAGAGAAACAGCACAGUACUCAACUCCAGGAUUGUGUCUGUCAUCAUUAAACCAUCUCCUGCAUUCCUCUCUGCACCAGUUACAGUUGAAUUCUCUCAUAUGUACAACGGCACCACGAAUCAAACAUGUAUAUCUUGGGAUGACAAUGAGAGCUCCUCUUUGCUGGGAUCCUGGUCUGCUAGAGGCUGCAAGUCCGUGCUCGUCGAUUCACUCAGAACCAAAUGCGUGUGUGAAAGACUGACCACCUUCGCCAUUUUAGCGCGACUUCAUCCUGAAAUGAAUAUGGACAAGAUUCAGCUCCCAUCCGUGACACUGAUUGUGGGUUGUGGAGUUUCCUCCCUCACAUUGUUGCUUCUCAUCAUCAUCUAUGUGUCUGUCUGGAGAUACAUUCAGUCUGAGCGAUCCGUCAUUCUCAUCAACUUCUGCCUCUCAAUCAUUUCCUCCAAUGCCCUUAUUCUCAUUGGACAGACCCAAACAAGAAAUAAGGUGUUAUGCACCACGAUAGCUGCAUUUCUUCACUUCUUUUUCCUGUCCUCAUUUUGUUGGGUCCUGACGGAAGCAUGGCAAUCAUACAUGGCAGUGACAGGUCGUCUAAGAAAUCGCAUUAUACGCAAGCGUUUCCUAUGCCUCGGCUGGGGUCUUCCUGCUCUUGUUGUUGCAAUCUCUGCGGGUUUUACCAAGGCAAAAGGCUAUGGAACAUCAAGCUACUGCUGGUUGUCUCUGGAAGGAGGUCUUCUCUAUGCAUUUGUGGGACCAGCUGCCGCUGUUGUCUUGGUUAACAUGGUUAUUGGGAUUCUCGUUUUUAACAAACUGGUGUCCAAAGACGGCAUUACUGAUAUGAAACUAAAGGAGAGGGCGGGUCAGAUGACAGUGCCGCUUUACAAUAUGACCCUCAAAUGCGCCAAGUGUGGAGUUAUCUCGUCGGCUGACGUAUCUACCACAGCUACCAGUAACGCCAUGGCAUCACUUUGGAGCUCCUGUGUGGUAUUGCCCCUUCUGGCUCUCACAUGGAUGUCAGCUGUGCUUGCCAUCACUGAUCGGCGCUCUGCACUGUUCCAGAUUCUUUUUGCGGUCUUUGAUUCCAUGGAAGGCUUUGUUAUUAUCAUGGUGCACUGCAUCCUGCGAAGAGAGGUUCAGGAGGCUGUAAAGUGCCGUGUGGUAGAUCGCCAAGAAGAUGGUAAUGGGGAUUCUGGUGGAUCUUUUCAGAAUGGUCAUGCUCAGCUUGUGACUGACUUUGAGAAGGAUGUUGAUAUGGCUUGCAGAUCAGGUACUAUGAAGCACUCCCCCGUCCAGGGAGAACAAAAGGCUUCUCCUGGGACUCUAACUAGCCAAAGGGGUUCUAACUUCAAUACAAUGCCAGCCAGUAUGGCCAAAGUCCACCUCCCGAACAAGGCGGAUUAUACCAGCCACACACUGACUUUACGGAGAGAGAAAUGCACUACUAAAGGAAUCAGUACUGAGUUGCCAGGUGCUAAAUCAAUUUACAUCUGUAACAGUGAGGUCUUUAAACAGCUCGAUGAUGAGCCACCACAAAGCAAUGCAGAAGGAGGCAGUUGUGAGGGCACUGUCAAAGCCCCAGGGCUAGUAGUUUUACCAACCAACAACAUGGGCACCUCAAGGCCAGCCAAAGACAAAGAAGAGCAACCAACCAAGUACAACAUAAAUGUUGAGCAGAUGCCUCAGACGAGGCUUGUCCACCUAGCUAAUUCUGUCAGUGGAGAGCCGUUGCUUGGAUUUGGACUGAAGAGCCUGCCUGUGGAUCAAGUCAGUGUGUCAUGCCCAGAAAGAGACUCACCUGUGCACAACCUAAAAAGCCUGUCAAGAGACUCUCAGGCAGAAAGACAAGAAUCUGGAAACUCUGCUGCUAUAACCAAGAGUGAAACCGUUGCGACACUAUCCAUCAACUCCCUGGAGAGGCGAAAAUCACGCUAUGCUGAGCUUGACUUUGAGAAGAUAAUGCACACCCGGAAACGCCACCACGACAUGUUUCAGGACCUGAACAGGAAGACUGACUGUGCAGACAUGGAUGUAGAGUCUCCACCUGUCGAUGCCAAAGCUACAAAAAGAUGGAGUGUAUCCUCUGCCAGCAGCGACAAGACCAACAUAAGUGAUAAGCAGCAGACCCCAAGUAAGAGGGCAUGGGAGGGCAAACAAAAGACCCACUCUCCACCAACCUGGGGGAAAAAAGAAAUGGCGACAUCAGUGACAUCACCUUUGGAAAUGCAGACAGUCGAGUGGGAGAAGACAAGUGCAACUAUUCCUUUGGUAGGCCAGGAUAUCAUGGACCUGCAGACGGAGGUGUGAUGAAUAAAACAUUUCCUCAGCCUAUGUUUCUCUUCACUCUUGGAAAAAUAAGCAACAUGUCACUUACUGGGGACUGUAAUUGCGAGGAAAAAGGACUAACUAACACAAGAGAAAAUGUAUCAUGAUAUCUUUGUAUGUUGUUUCAAUUAAUGUUGAACUUAUAAAUGAAGUGUCUCCCUGACUAUGGACAAAACUGGUUUACAUGGGAGACCUUUGGCCAAGUUGGAGAUUCAGUAACUCCACUCUGUAUCAUACACAAAGGUUAUGACCUGUUGUCUAGUAUUCUAUGUAUGUAGUGGCUGUGAUGUAAUUAGUGGUGUCUUCUUUCUUUACAUUCAGUGUUACUGUAUAAUUGUUGCACACUCCCUUUCUCUGAAUCAACACUGCUGUUUUACAAGAAAUGUUUUACUUGACAUCAGUGAUAGUGAAAUGAAAAAUCAACAAAAAUUCAAGCCCUUCCCCAGCGCUAAUCACUCAUAUCGUUUUCAGUGCCUAUCGUGCCUUUCUCUCGCACAACUGGCACUAAAGAUACAAGUGAAGGCGGAAUAUGGUUAAAAACGAAAAGAAUGUCUGUCUCCUAGAUUGUACACCUUGUGAUCCGAGCUGCUUCAACCUCAAUGCAACCUCUGACGAUUGGGCAUAGAUUAUGCAGGUAGUCCUUGAGUUACGAAUGCCUUCCGUUCCUACGCUGGCGACGUAAUCCGAAUUUCCGCCCAAAUCGGAACCAACCCUUAAAUACACUCUAAAUCUCAAAUAAACUAUCCAAAAACAUGUUUUAUACGUCAUUGUACUGUCCUCACCAAGACGUUGGAGAAAAGUCCUUGCUAGACAGCGAGCUAAACUUUAGAACUACCAGGGGUGGAUCAGUUGAUACAAAUCACUUCUCUAUCCAGAGAACGAUCAUCUGGCUCUAAUAAUCAUAUAUUUUGUGAGCAUUGAGGUCCUCAUUAGUCAUUCCCAUUCACACUCGCAAAAGCACAGGGUUGGAUUGCUCCAAUUAGCAUCUUGAGCGUUUGCAGGGCCGGGCUGCCUGUUUGCGGAGGACUGUCUGACAUUACAGCGUUGAGAUAGAACAGCUGUCUCAAUCUCUCUGAAGAUGUAGUUGCACUGUUUUUUGUAUGUAUGGAGCUAUAAUUUUCAUAUUGCUAAUGAUGAAUGGCUGAUGAUGAACAACACGUCCUUUUUUACACAAAAAAGUUUUUUUUUUUCUAAUAAAAAAACGUAUGUGAAAAACAGCAAAAGAAACUAUAUACAAGGGACGGUGUCAUAAAAAAAAAAAAAAAAAAAUAUGUGGUGACACUUCGCCCUUUUACCGGGGCUAGGUGUUGGAGCUUGUUGCCGAAGCAAUAUUUUCUUCUUCUUUGCACCCACAUGAGAGUGAGCCAAUUCCUUUGCAAGACCCACCAAGAAGUCCACCCAUCUCUCUUGCUCUCCGGUGUAUGCCUGUUAUAACACGUAUGCAGUCAGUGCUGCCAAGUAAAUCAUAUUGUAGAACACGGCGACUGGCCAUCUCCUUGUUUGACAAAGCCAAGAUUUGCAAAUAUUCAAGAUGCUAAUUGCAGCUAUCCGGAGUGAAACCCCACCCUUCACACCUAGGCAGCGACUCCACAGGAGUGUGUAGGGGGGUUGUCUGCUUGAUUGCUUGUUUGAGUGGUCCAUUGUUUGACAAACCCAAGUAGUCAGUUUGGUAUCGAGGUCAUUUGACGGCUUUCUGGUCUUUCUUUAUAGCCAAAAAAACCCUGGGACUUCCAGUGUUAAAAUGAUGAUGUCACACGUCAGUGUGGUUUGCCGACUUUAUUCAGCUGCUCAUAACAUCAACACUUGCAAAAUUAAACUAAAACAAAAAUGACGUUAAAUCAGUUUUAUCGUCAAUAACAGCAAUUCAAAGUUGCGUUUAUAACUAGCGGCUGAUACAGCAACAACAAUCCACACAAACAUUUAGCAUGUAAGUAAGCGCGUAAGUUAGCGUCAGCACAUCAUCAAAACAAUCACACAAACUCGCCCCAAGUAUUUGUGCACAAUUGAAAACGCACAAUUAACGGUAGAAAAGGUGUUAUACUGUAUACCGGUGUUGCCUCUGUAGAUGUUUCACACACAACAAAUGUGCGUGCAGGCUUGCAGCUAUAAUCUUUCCCCGUUCUCUCCCACUCGGCUGCGUGACUUCUUUGUGGGCGCAAAGGCGCCCUUCUUCGUGUGCGCAAAUGCGCUUUUACUCGUGUGCUGAAGUACUACCUGCUCUACGUUUCCUGCCCCGAAAUAAAAGCAUGCAUCACAAAACAAAGGUCAACAUUAUAAAAAAAAACCAAAAAAUAAAACACAGAGGAUGAAAUGGUGGACGAGACUUUAGCGUAGUAAAUUAAAAAUAACGUAAAUCGGGUACGUCGUAACCCGGGGACUACCUAUACUUACAAUGCUGUAAUCAAGUGUUUUGGGGAAAAUGGAUAUUCAAAAGGACCCAUCCUUGUGUGAAAAAUGAUUGACACAAACCUAAGUGGUUGGGCUCCCCAGAGCGACAAUGAGUGAAUUCAAGUGUUUUCUUGAACUGGCAAUGAGAAUCUGACACCAAUGUCGAGCUAUUUACAGGGAGUUCUCGAGCUAAAAGCGAGUUCCGUUCCUAUGCUGGCGACGUAACCCGAAUUUCCUCGUAAAUCGGACUUCACUGUUAAAGUCUAAACUUGUGUCAAAAUACUUUGUAUAAAAAAGUAGAAUACAUUAAAUUAAAAAAGAUGCUGUACUUACUAUCAUUGCUGAUAGGUGGAUGGAGUGUUAGGGUUUUCAAUCGUCUAUUUGAAAGCACGGAGCACGGCAACAAAAUGAAAACAAAACCAACUCAUCCCUCUCUCGAUCUAGUCAGACACCCGGUGUGUUUAGGGACAGCCCAGAAAAUGCAACACAUCAACACUGCAACCUGAAGCAUAAAUGCAACCCCAUUCCUUACAUUACUAUCCUACGGAGCCCCCCGGGUGGGAGGGCAGAAAAAAAUAUUUUUCAUAGCUAAUCUGUACCCACAGUUUGGUAAUUUGUACCCACCUUUUACUACACUGUACCCACAGUUUUGUAAUGACCCAGAAACGGUAGUCGCGCAUGUGCGAGUAGAUUAAAAAAAAAUAAAAAAUACUCACACUGGCUCUAAUUUUAGUUGCAGUCUGGAGCCCUGCUGUGGGUACAGAUUAAUAAACCGUGGGUACAGUUUGGUGUGGGUAUAGAUAACAAAACUGUAGGUACAGAUUUGCAAUGAAAGUAUUUUUUCUACCCUGGCACUCAGGGGGCUCCGUACUAUCCUUAUUUUUACAUUACGCGAACUGAAAGUUAUUUGAUUUCGCGGACUUUGACUGUUACCGACGUAAGGUUUAUGCGAACACAAAAUUGCAUUUGGUCAUGAGCAAGGCAUUUUCACGCGACGUUUUAACUUCAGUCUUAACGCAGCAAUCUUUUUUCCUUCUUUUUAUUAUGUUAACCUUUGUUUCCGACCUAAAAUACCCAGCUUUCUUCUUUGAAGCCAAAAUGUGAAAAAAGUAGGGUAAAAAAGGCAAAGAUACUCCCAGCACACAAACACAGACAAGAAGGUGAAGAAGACUAAAUGGCAGACGAGGCUUGUCAUAAAGUCAAAACGUCGUAAGUCGAUGAUAUCAUAACCCGAGGACUCACUGUAUUGGCCCAUUCUAGGGCACAAUUGUUUUCAUUUAGCAUGAUUGGAAGCUGUUCCGCCACAAAUGACCACCUCAAGUCUGGAAAAGGCCAUACAUCAAUCUUCAUUUUGUUUUGGAUCAUCAAAAUAAUGUAAACAUGGUCAAAGAUAACCUACAUAACAAUAAAAUGCUGUUUUUAAAUGUAUUAUUAAA